AUGGCUAGCGCUGGGCAUGGAAAUGGACUCAUAAAUGGUGUAGUAUCGAAUAAGCACACUGCUACAAUAUCUGAAGUAGAUGAAUUCUGCAAUGCCCUUGGUGGAAAUAGGCCGAUUCAUAGUAUAUUGAUUGCGAACAAUGGAAUGGCGGCUGUCAAGUUUAUACGCAGUGUUAGGAGUUGGGCUUACGAGACGUUUGGCACGGAAAAGGCUAUCUUGUUGGUUGCCAUGGCUACUCCAGAAGACAUGAGAAUCAAUGCAGAACAUAUCAGAAUAGCUGAUCAGUUUGUGGAAGUACCUGGUGGGACCAAUAACAAUAACUACGCCAAUGUGCAGCUUAUUCUAGAGAUUGCCGAGAUAACUCAUGUUGAUGCGGUAUGGCCUGGUUGGGGUCAUGCAUCAGAGAAUCCUGAGCUACCAGAUGCAUUAAAAGCAAAAGGAAUUGUAUUUCUUGGGCCUCCUGCAGUAUCUAUGGGGGCAUUGGGAGAUAAAAUUGGUUCAUCGUUGAUCGCUCAAGCAGCCAAUGUGCCAACCCUUCCAUGGAGUGGUUCACAUGUGAAAAUUCCUCCUGAAAGCUCCUUGAUUACUAUUCCUGAUGAAAUCUACCGAGCAGCAUGUGUUUAUACAACAGAAGAAGCAAUUGCAAGUUGUCAAGUUGUUGGAUACCCUGCAAUGAUCAAGGCGUCUUGGGGUGGUGGUGGUAAAGGCAUAAGAAAGGUUCAUAAUGAUGAUGAGGUAAGGGCAUUGUUCAAGCAAGUUCAAGGUGAAGUUCCGGGAUCACCUAUAUUUAUAACGAAAGUUGCUUCCCAGAGCCGGCAUCUUGAAGUCCAACUGAUUUGUGAUCAGCAUCAAAAGAUUAUUGAGGAGGGUCCGAUUACUGUAGCACCCCCAGAAACGGUGAAAGAACUUGAACAAGCGGCUAGAAGAUUAGCUAUAUCUGUAAAUUAUGUUGGGGCAGCUAUAGUUGAGUAUCUUUAUAGCAUGGAAACUGGCGAGUACUACUUUUUAGAGCUGAACCCCCGUCUACAGGUUGAGCAUCCUGUUACUGAAUGGAUAGCUGAGAUAAAUCUGCCAGCAGCACAAGUUGCCGUUGGGAUGGGUAUCCCUCUCUGGCAAAUUCCCGAGAUUAGGCGUUUCUAUGGGAUGGAACAUGGUGGAGGGAAUGAUGCUUGGAGGAAAACAUCAGUUUUAGCUACCCCUUUUGAUUUUGACAAAGCACAGUCUACAAAGUCAAAGGGUCAUUGUGUGGCUGUGCGAGUGACUAGUGAGGACCCUGAUGAUGGUUUUAAGCCUACAGGCGGGAAAGUGCAGGAGCUCAGCUUUAAAAGCAAACCAAAUGUUUGGGCUUACUUCUCUGUUAAGUCUGGAGGAGGAAUCCAUGAAUUUUCAGAUUCUCAAUUUGCAGCUAAUAUCAUAAGUUUUAACACAAGACAUGUUUUUGCCUUUGGAGAAUCGAGGGCUUUAGAAAUUGCAAAUAUGGUUUUGGGGCUGAAGGAAAUUCAAAUUCGAGGAGAAAUUCGUACUAACGUUGAUUAUACAAUUAAUCUUCUGAAUGUAAAUUUUUAUCAUGAUGACAAGGUAAUGAAGUUUUGUAAAACAGGUUGA